CGGCGUUGUCAGUGUGACGAAUAAAAAAUACAGGAAAUGUGAAGACCGAGAGAGGGGUUUCGCUCAGAGACAGCCACAGGCCACAGCACAGCAGGCGCUGUAAAAAAGCUAGGGUUCGUUGAAGGGAGAAGGGAGCAGAAAAGGGCGGAGAGAGGACUCGAUAAGAGGAUAGAGAUAGACGGAGAGACGGAAGAAGAGAAGAGAUGGAGGAGCUCUUGGUUGCCUUCCUGUUCUUCCAUGUCCCGAUUGGAUUUUAGGGUUUCGUCCACCUCGCCGCGUGCGUCGCGAAAGAAUUCAAAUUCCAUUCUCAUGUUGCUACCAAUGGUUAGAUGAAUCUGGAAACAACAUGGUGCAAGGAAGUGGUGAUUGAAUCUUGCUCUUGCCCAUUUUAUCUUUUGAUUCAGAAUGAUGCUUGAGGACUUCUUUACUCUAACAGAGAUGAGAGAUGGACUCUCAAGCCUUGCUAGGGUUGAAGAGUUGAUUUCCAUGAUUCAGAAACUGAAUGAUUCUUCUACAAGUAACUUGGGUGAUGCAACAAGGCAAUGGCCGACAGUUGCUAGUGUUAUAGCAGCUACUGACCACAAGGAAUGUCUUAAUAAAUUUCUUGAGUUGAAUGGCCUUUCUUAUCUGAAAAAAUGGCUUCAAGAAGCUCUAGAUAGUUAUACUGAUGACAAUGGAAUUGCUCUGGAGGAACUGGUCAUUACAUUAUUGGCAUCAUUUGAGAAGCUUCCUAUGGAUUCUGAAAGAAUAAAUACGUCUGGAGUCAGAGCUACUAUUGAACUUCUCAUGGAUCACAGAAAUAUUAAAAUUAAGGAUAAGGCUAAAUUAUUGCACGAUAGAUUGGAGCAUGCAAAGAAGGAUGAUGUAAAUGUUCAUGAUCAGGGUAAAAGUGGGGCCUGUCUUUUUGAUCAAUCUGGACCAGCUGAGGAUUUGCAGAGAAGUGAAAGUGGCCCAAAUCCAUCUGCCAAUAUCCCUCCUUGCUCCAUUCAAUCUGGUGAAGAAAAAUGUGAAGUAGAAUCUGCAGAGACUCAAUUACAGAACUCUCAUGUCAUAGGAUCACUUGAUUCAACAAAUAAGGAGCAAGUUCUGACAAGUGAUCUAAUUCUUUCCACUUCUCUGAACCCAGUCAAUUCAAAUGCAGUUUUAGCAGAUGUAAAUUCAUCUGGGUUAUCCCUUGUCUUGAACCCGUGCCAGGAGGAUUUAUCAAAAUGUUCCACCGGUACUUCUUUGUUGUUUUGUUCAAAAGAACAUGCAGAUGAUCAGUGUGAUGCAAUUGGAUCUAAGAAUGCUUCUGACUGUGUAAAAGAGAUUGAUAUGAAUAUUACGGAAGUCAACCCAAAUGAUUCCACACAAAAAGAAAAUGAUAAUCUUUCUUCAGCUUUUGUUUGUCCUCCAUCCAAAGCACCAUCUCUGCCUUCUGCUGAACCAAUGGAACACCAGUCAGUGGAUGGGGUGGUUGACUAUGGGCCAGAUAAGUGCUUGAUAACGGUUGAGGAGUCUAUGCCAGCUGCAGAUUUCACUUCUAGUUUUCAAAAUCAUUCUUGCAAUGCUAGCAUCCCUAAUAAUACCAGCCAUUCUCAGUUAUCUACUCGAGAGGAAGCCAUGAGUAGUGUCGUUGUAGAUCUUGAACGCGAACUCAAUUUUAAGAGUCACAAAAAUCAUUUUUCAGCUGCCUCUGAUUUUUUAAAGGCUGUGGGAACAAAGGCCAAUGAAGGGGCCGCCGAAAGGUCUGGACCAGGUCUUGAAUGUUUGGAUGAUGCACUGGAAAUUGCAAGGCAGGUGGCUAUAGCAGUGGAAACAGAGGUGGUUGAUUAUAGAGAGGUCUCGUGUAGUUCUCCUGAUGUCAACUCUAGAGAAACAUCUGGUUCUCAAGGCCCUGUUUCUGGAGAACAGCUGGAUGAACAAAUGACUGAGCAAGUUGAUAGGAACAGUUCUACUAUAAAUGAGAAUUCUAGAUCAUUAUCUCCUGAAAAGGGAUCAGAAAUCACACAGAAUAUUAGUUCUGAUCAAGAUGGAGUCUCACCCCAGCCAAAAGUUCCCAUUCCAGAAUCAUUUGGCAAUGUCAUCGGGGAUCAAUGCACCUUUGAUCUGAAUGCAAAUAUUUGCAGCGAUGAACCUGAGUGCUCAAUGAAGUACAGUCCUAAAAUGCCAAACAAUGUGUCUGCUCCUGUAGCUGUUGUUGCUUCUACGAAGGGAACUCCAGAAGUCCCUGCUCUCCAUUUUGGAGGUGAGAUGGGGUGGAAAGGUUCUGCUGCUACCAGUGCUUUCCGACCAGCAUCUCCUAGAAGAACUCCGGAUGGUGAACGGACCUCUGAUCCUAAUCAGAAAUCAAUUUUUGCUGCAAUUGAUCUGAAUGUAGCUGAAAGGAACGACGAGGCUACUGAUGUCCCCACAUUGGCAAAGCAGUUACCUGCUUCCUCUAGUCUUCCAUCUGGAGAUUCAUGUGUGGAAGUUGGUUCAAAAACAGAGGUGCGGAAUUUGGAUCUUAAUCGCCACGGAGAUGAGGAUGCCUCUGCACUCCCAUUCUCAUCUUGGAAGUUGAAUUUUCAAAAUGGGGAACGAAGCCUAUCAUCAGCUUCUUCUUCAUCUUAUAGACAUUCUUCGUUUCGAGAUUUCGACCUGAAUGACAACCCAUCUUUGGCUGAUACUGGUUCACACAGCGCCAGCCAACCAACUACAAAAGCUAAUGAAUCACUUGGAUGGAAAACAGCAGAUAAACCCGUCAUCAGAAUCAUGGGAGCAGAAAUAUCUCUCACAAGGAAGGACAACACUAACAAAGCACAGCAAUUUUUCAUACCCAAUGGGAUGCAAAUGGAGCCUGCUAUGUUUACCAGGUCAUUGCUACCUUAUCCCAGUGCAUUGACCCCUGCUUAUGGGUUUGGUGGCCUUCCUACUGAGCCUGCCAUGUCCAUUCCUUCAGCAGAUUAUUCACCUGGAAACUUUUCGUACAUGUCCGAGACCAGAGGGAUGAUGAUGCACAUACCGCAAGUUACUGGCUCAGUACUAAGCAUGUCAUCUGCUAGACCCUUUCACUAUGGUGCAGCUAAUAUGCUGCCCUAUAUGACUAGUUAUGGUGGUGGACGCCCUGGUUUUGAUUUGAAUAACAGGAUGGCACCACCAGAGAGCGGCAGAGAGGGCGGGAGCCUCGAUCAUCAUUCCUUCUUUGUGCAAGGGCAAAGAGGUUGGAUGGAAGACCCAACUGAGCCUUCUAGUUCCACAAUUUCAUUGAAACGGAAAGAGCCAGAUUCUGGGUGGGAACACACUCCUUUGAAUGGUCACAAUUGGAUGUCAUCGCGACCAUAAUUGUUUCAGAAAACCAGCUUAAAUAGUUAGUCGCUUACCUUUUAGGCCGUCAAUGUGGGGGGGCCAACUAGAUAGAUAGAUGAUGCGGCAUUGACAGGAUGAUUGUUAAAUGAAUAAGGUCUAUAGAUAUAGUGGUAAUGAGAAAUUGAUUUUAUCUGUAGGUUUUGGUUUGUUUAUAAUGACUGCUGCCUACCUUGUCAUUGAUUAGUGGGGGCAGUCCUCGAUGCAUGUACAUCUCACAAAUACUCUAACAUAGCCAAUAGUCGUGAGCCCUUACAUUUAUCAUUCA